AUGAAUCCAGAGGAGGAGGAUACAGAGGAGGAGGAUGAUUACGAACCGGCGUUCGUGGACGCUUCGGCGGCGGACGUCACCGUGCACUUGGACCUGAACGAAACCGACGAACCACCUCCUCCUGAUGAUGAUGAUGAUGAUUUAGACGAGGAGGAGGAGGAAGAUUUGGAAGAAGAAGACGGCGUGAUGAUGGAAGAAGACGUUGCGGUCGAAGACCGAGACGCCGCCGACGAGAGCGUGUUGCGCCCGGAAAAAGACGAGUGCGAGAUGAAGAUGGAAGAGAGGAAAGGGUCGAUUUUUGCCGUCGCGUGGGCGACGACGACGAAGAGAGAUGAUGGGGAGGGUGGGUCUGUUGAGCGAGAGGUGAUGUGCGCGGGAGGUUCGGACGAUCGGGCGGUGUUGACGAGUACGAGCGGCGGCGGCGGGGUAACGACGACGACGUUGGAGAAUACCGGGAAGGAUAGCGUUUCGGCGGUGAAGUUUUCGAGGCAUAGUAAUGGUAGUAAUAAUAGUGAGGUACUUCUGGCUACGGCAAAUUUAGACGGCACGGUUUCCGUGCACGACGCCGACGGGCGGUAUUUGAGGCAACUCGAAGGUCCGGAAACCGGCGUCGAGUGGUUGGAGUGGCACCCGAACGGGCCGAUUGUUUUAGCCGGGUGCGAGGAUUUUUGCGCGUGGAUGUGGAACGCGAGCGAUGGAAAUUUGAUGCAAGUGUUCGCGGGACAUUCAGGGUCGGUUUCGUGCGGCCAGUUUUCGAAAGACGGGAAGGUUGUGUUCACGGGAUCGUUCGACGGUAGUUUUCGCGCCUGGAAUCCGAGAAGCGGGAUGGCUAUCGCCGCGUUCCAAAAAGGAGGGUUGUUUCACGACGGACCGGUGACGUGCAUGGACUCUAAAGUAGACGAUAAUGGUAAUUAUUUAGUGUUGACUGGAUCCGAAGAUUGCACGUUGAAACUUUCGACGGUACACGCAAACGCGGCGGACGUCGGCGCCGGAGGAAGUAAAGUUUUGGGCAACUUUUUCGCGCACGAAAAGUGCAUCGAGUGUGUGGAAUUUUGCGACGGAACGGUUGGGAAUUACGCGGCGAGUGGAAGCGUGGAUGCGACGAUUCGUGUCUGGGAUUUACCGACGCAAAAAGUGCGCGGCGUGCUCGGACACGGGAAAGCCGUGAGUCAGUUGAAAUGGGUGCCAAACUCGGCGAUGUUAUACAGGUGCGCGCGUUUUCGUUUCUCAAAAGUAGUUUGCGCGCUUGCAUCUUUUUUUUCUUCUUCUUCUAAACUCCUCUCUCGUUUCUUUCUGUUUGCAACAAAAGGGCCCGGCGCGACGAGCUGA